UCAAAAAAUUGUUUGCUAGUGGCGUCUGCCUUUGGCUAAUUAAACGGCCAAAAGCAAACACAAAAAAACAAAAACAAAAACCAAAUCUCAGCCAAACAAAAAAACAAAAAUCGGCAAAGAAGAAGUUGAACAGAAAACAAUUAAAGCCGAGCAUGGAAUGUUUGUCGGAGUGUGAGUGUUUGUUAGCGUGGCUAUAAAACCAAAUCGCUUCACCGAAUUCACCAGCAGUUGCCGUUCGAGCGUUCCCAGAUCAAGAAUCCGCCACCUCCAAUAUAUCAACUAUAUAUCUAUAUAGUUCCUUAUUUUUUUUUUUUACAAGUGACCUUUUGUGAUCUGUGAUUUCGUAUUUUUUUAAGUCAAAAAUAAUGUCGCGUCCUGUGCUAACCAUUGCCUUUUUGCUUUUGGGCUUUUCCUCGGCCAUUUUGGCCGGCCGUCUUAGCCAGCGUUAUUUGCCAACUCCGCAGGCCAGUCAGCUGCACUAUCAUGGUGUCAGCGGCCAAGGACAUGCUCCUCGUCCUGGCGCUGGACAUGGCUUUGCCGCCGGCAGUGGAUCUGGCUUUCAGCGCCAGCAGCAACCGCAAAUUCCCAUCGUAAGGAGCGACUACCAGAGCGAUGCCAAUGGCAACUACAACUUUGGCUUCGACACUGGCAAUGGCAUCCAUCGCGAUGAGACCGGUGAGUUCCGUGGAGGAUGGCCUCAUGGAUCAUUGGGCGUUCAAGGAUCUUACUCCUAUACCGGUGAUGAUGGCAAACAGUACACGGUGAACUACAAGGCGGACAAGAAUGGUUUCCAGGCUGAAGGAGCUCAUCUGCCUGUUGCUCCAUCGGUUCCCGCAGCCCCAGCUGGACGCAGUUCUUAUGGAGCUGUUGGUGGCUACCGUGGAUCUGCCUCAUCGCAUGCUUCUGCAGCUGCCCCUGCUACUAGAUAUCUGCCACCAGGAUAUCGCCAGCGCAGGAACUACUAAGGGAUAUGAUCUAAUAUGAUCUAAAGGAUGGAAAGGAUCUAGCAAACUAACUAUCUGAUUUUAAUAAUGUAAAAUGUAAUAAAUUGGCACCUUUUUUUUUGUAAUCAAAGUUUUCCCUGUUUAAGCCCUCUUUUAAGUUGCCUUUUCCAUAUCAAUAUCCCUUGGAAAAACUACAAAAAAAAGCAAAACCGAGAAAGGAACGCCUUUGUAGCUAAUUUGAGGGAACAACUUCUGAGCCACGCCCAUUAAAAGGCUGGCAAAAGAACACACACAUUGCCACGCCUCUUUGGUGUUUGGCAUUUUUUUCCAUGUGGUCUUUGACUUUUGG